UCUCCCUGCGUGUUUGUUUCUGCUUCCGGUGUGAAAGUUCACAACAAGAUGGCGCCGUCUAAGAAGAAACAUGCCAGCGGCCAGACUUGUGUUAUUCCAGGAGGUUUUACAGUGCUGUCUCUGCAGUUUAGCCCCGACAGUCCCGCACAGCACAAGUUGUGUGUGAAGGAGCACAAAGUGCGGGCAGAGAGGAGCUCCCACAGACCCAUGGACAGGACGCUGUUCGUCCUCAACAUCCCUCCGUAUUGCUCAGAGGCCGUUGUGAAGGAGUUAUUCUCCCAGUUUGGCGCUGUUCAGUCCGUGGAGUUGCGAGACCACCCAGGUGCCUUUCAGCACUCGGGACCCAAGUUGGCCACAUUCUUCAAACCGGCUGAAAAAAAGGGUUUCAAAGUGGGCUACGUCAUCUUUCAAAACUCCUCCAGUGUCAGUGCGGCCAAGUCCCACCCACUCGAUGUCCCUUUGGUGGUCUCAGCGGGGCAGCACCCAGUGAGCACGGGUGUACAGAAAUGGAUUCAGCAGUACAGAGAGUCGUUUAUUCAGCCGGACAAACUGCAGCAGACAGUUGACUCCUUCAUGCAAGACUACGACAAGAGGAAAGAGGAGGAAGUGGAACGACAGAAGAGGGAAGCUGAGGAGCAACAGGAGGAUGAGGAGGGUUGGGUGAAAGUCACAAGAGGAAAUAAGGGUGCUAAGGCCCGCCCCCACAGCGAAGCAGCCAACCAGAGGACCCUACAGAAGGAAAUUGUGAAGAAGAAGAGGAAGGAGCUCAUGAACUUUUACACCUGGCAGCACAAAAACACACAGAAAGAACACAUUGCUCAACUAAGGAAAAAGUUUGAGGAGGACAAACAGAAAAUCGCUUUGCUGAGAGCACAAAGGAAGUUCAGACCUUAUUGAAUCAACAGCCGGGACUCUUCUUCAUUCCCCUCAUGACUACUUUCCAUGUUUUUGUUAGCUAUAGGAUAAACAUUUCUAAACAUUUUGCCUAAAUAAAAGUAUUCUUUUGAUUUUUA